UCCCACUCACACACACCCCGCCUUCCUCCAAGGGCAGGUCUUUUUUCUCUGUCUUUGCACGAGGGAUAGCAAAGCACCACUUCCCAGCCUGACAUGUUCAGCUGUUCAGCAGGCAGUUCCCCUCAAGGCAGCCCCGUGGUCUCCCUACGUUGGCUUCUCUGAGAGAGACAUCACUCCUGCCUACUGCUCCACAUACUGAAGCUCACCAAGCAUGGGAUUUCUACUCCUGCUUUUUUACCUGGGCACAGGCCUGAUGCCAUGGUGUUAUGGGUUCAGUGUGGAUGAAGAGACCUUAACCAUCUUCCGGAUGCCAGCUGAGAGCUUUGGGACAAGUGUGGCACAGACUACCAAUGCGGUGUUCGUUGGGGCCCCCUUCCAGAGGGGAAAAAUGAAUGAAACGGGUAAACUUUACCAGUGCACCUACCGCACAGGUGCCUGUAAGGAGAUUAACAUCCAGCCACCCACAGAUGCUGUCAAUAUGUCCCUUGGUUUGUCGUUGACUGCCCGUGAUGAUCAGGUCCUGGUUUGUGGUCCCACACUGCACCGAGCCUGUGGACAGAACAUGUUUGUGAAUGGCUACUGUUUCUUUCUGGACCACAAUCUGCAACAGAACUUGCGCUUUCCAGAGAAAUUGCCAGAAUGCACUGUCCAUCCAACGGACAUCGUCUUCUUGAUAGAUGGCUCAGGAAGCAUCGACAGCAAUGAUUUUGAAACAAUGAAGCGGUUUGUUUCCGAGAUCAUCCAGAGACUCUCUGGCAAAGAUACACGGUUUGCUCUCAUGCAGUUCUCUGAUGAAUUCAGGGAACACUUCAAUUUCAACAGUAGAGACCCAGCGCGCCACGUGUUGGAUAUCGAUCAGAUUGGUGGAUGGACCCACACAGCCACAGCCAUCCGGAAAGUUCUGAGGGAACUAUUCACCCCACAGAAAGGAUCUCGGAAGGGAGCCAACAAGAUUCUUAUUGUGAUCACGGAUGGGCAGAAGACGGAUUACCUCCAAUACGGGCAAGUCAUACCAGAGGCAGAGCAAGCUGCGAUCAUCCGCUAUGCUAUUGGGGUUGGCAGCGCUUUUUCAAGCCGCAGUGCCAGGCAGGAAUUGAGCGACAUGGCUUCCAAACCUGAUAGCGAACAUGUCUUCACCGUGUACAAUUUCAAUGCCCUCCGAGGCAUCCAGGACCAGCUGCAGGACAAAAUCUUUGCCAUUGAAGGUACACAAUACCAGAGCAGCAGUUCCUUUCAGAUGGAAAUGUCUCAGGAAGGAUUCAGUGCCCUCCUGACCCCAGAAGGGUCUGUCCUGGGAGCUGUGGGUUCGAAUGACUGGUCCGGAGGGGUGUUGAUUUAUCAGAACAACAACAGAAACCCGAAAUUUAUUAAUGUUUCUGACACGGCUGGGGAUAUGGAGAAUGCCUAUCUUGGCUAUUCUUCACAGUUUGUCCAGCUCCGUGGCAGAAGUGGCCUGGUGGUGGGAGCCCCCCGUUACAAGUAUGUUGGGAAAAUAGUGCUGUUUGAGAAGCAGACCCGGCGUGGGAGAUGGCAGCUGAAAACAGAGGCCGUGGGAGAACAGGUUGGUGCGUAUUUUGGAGCGACCUUGUGCUCAGUGGACCUUGAUCAAGAUACAAACACGGACCUGGUUCUGGUCGGAGCCCCCAUGUACUAUGAUGGUGCAAAAGGAGGAAGAGUUUAUGUCUGUCAUUUUCAGGAGGAAGCACUUCAUUGUUACACAACUUUGGAAGGGCAGAGGGGACACAUUUUUGGUCGUUUUGGGGCCAGCAUUGCUGCAGUCGGUGACAUCACUGGGGAUGUAUGGGCAGAUGUGGCCAUCGGGGCUCCCCUGGAGGAUGAGAAUGCAGGAGCUGUGUAUCUUUUUGCAGGAAAGCAGACGUCAAUCAACCCACAAUAUAUCCAGAGGAUACAGUUCCGUAGCACGCCACCAUUUUAUUGUCCAAACAAAACUUUAACACCUUCCAGUUUGACUCGUCCCAUUCUGCAUGUGGAGGUGUCCAUUGAGUUCCACCCUCCUCUGAUCCCCACAUCAGUCUUCAAGUGUCAGGGUCAAGAAGAAUAUUCGGAAGAGGUGACCCAUGUGGCAAAAGUGUGCUUUAGUGUUUCCAAAGCUACCUGGGAUAAACUAGGUACGAUUUUUAGUGACCUUCAGUACAGUCUGGUGCUGGACCCCGAGAGAAUCCAUUCUCGAGCUUUGUUCAGUUCUGGUGUUCCUGCUUUGAGCAAAAGUCUCCAGAUUGGGCUUGAGCAGCAAUGCCAGGGUCACCCCAUCAAACUGCCUAUCUGCAUUGAAGAUACCCUGACCCCAAUCAUCCUGCAACUGAAUUACAGCCUUGUGGGAAAGCCCAUCGCUAAAGCCAAGAAUCUCAGGCCCAUCCUGAGUGAAGAGUCCCAGAAAAUCUACAUAGCAAAGCUCCCAUUUGAGAAAAACUGUGGCAGUGAUGGGAAAUGUGAAGAUAUUUUACGAACUUCGUUUAAUCUCUCAGGCUUGGACACCUUAGUUGUAGGCUUGACUUCUGAGGUCAACAUAAUAGCUUCCAUCCAAAACCACGGGGAGGACUCCUAUGGUACCAUUCUGCGCUUCUUCUACCCUGGAGGGUUGUCCUACCGCAAGGUCACCUUGCUACAGCCCAGCAGGAAGGCAGUGAACAUUAAAUGCCACUCGUCUCCUGUCACUGAAGAAGACGCCGACAGGAACGCCACUUGCAAUAUCAACCACCCGAUAUUUUGGAGUGGGGCAGAGGCUGUCUUUGCUGCCACCUUUGAUAUCUCCCCAGAUGCUGAUCUAGGAGGGACCCUGCGGAUCAUCGCCAGAGCCAGCAGUGAAAAUGGAGGGAACAUCACCAAGGAUAUGGUUCAUGAAGUGGAUCUGCCUGUCAAAUACGCCGUGUACAUCAUUGUCACCACCCUUGAGGAAUCAACCAAGUAUGUCAACUUCACAGCUGGCCAGCAAGAAGCGAGCAAGAGCAUUGAACAUCGAUAUGAGAUAAAAAACCUCCGUGAACGAAGCAUCCCUGUCUCAGUAAUGUUUCAGAUCCCUGUAAAAUUGAAAGGCAUCCAGGUCUGGAAUGUGUCUCAAGUCAUCUCCUCUGAGGACUGCACCACAGCCUCAUGUAAGAUGAUCCGCUGUGACCUUUUGUUACUGAAGUUGGAAAAGUCUCUGGAGUUCACAAUCAAGGGGGACAUCAGUUUCCAGUGGGCCUCUAAGAUCCAUCAGAGGAAAGUGACCUUGGUGAGCUCUGCACAGAUUUUCUACGAUGUCACAAAGUAUGCACAGAAGGAGGGUUUUGUACAGACCCAGGUGCUGACAGUGGUGGAGCGUAUUGAGAUCUACAAUUACCUGCCUGUAACCAUUGGUGGCACAGCUGGAGGGCUCGUCCUUCUUUCACUGAUUGCUGCAGCCCUCUAUAAGGUUGGAUUCUUCAAACGUCAGUAUAAACAGAUGCUAAGUGAAGCUGGGGAUGACAAUGAAAACGCAGAGCCUACCAGCCCUACCACACAGAAAACAGACUCCUCUCCCCCUGACAAAGACAUUGUUGACUGAUGACUGACCAUCUUAGACCUCCUAGGCUUUGACCACUUGCUCAAGGAAGGCCAGAGAGAUGUUGGUAUCAUCCCAUGGUGCUACCUCUGACGUAUCUGAGUCCUCCCUUCCUCGCUGAAUGGACUGCCUUGUCUCCAAGAAUUCCUGCUAUUGAGCUACCCAGAGCUCUUGCCCCCUCUUCAGCCUUCUGGUCCCCCCUCCAUCUUCUCCAUUUUCAGAAAUGUCCUUCUUGGUAACAUUCUCUUCUGAUGCGUUCUUCUGAAAUUAGAAAUGAGGAGGAGGCCGAUGUGAAUCCUUAGCCGACUGUCUUGUUUCCUGUCCCAGCUACCGUGCGCUGGCUGGGACAGCUGAAUGGGUCUCAGGACAUGAUGGGACGGAAAGUUCGGCCUCCCUGGACAUCCUGCCUGAAAAUGACAGGUGAGGAGAGAGACUGCUGCAGGAGGAAAAGGAGGAGGAAGAAAAUGAAAAGUCAGCUCAACCUCCAAGGGCAGAAUAGAGGAAGGGAGGCCUGAGGCUGAGCGUUCGACGCAUGGAGUUCUGCAAAAAUGGACAGGAUUCUAAGCCACAUUGAUUAUGGCAUAAGUACUGGUGGACUAGAGUCAAUAAAAUUAGAAAUGGUAGGAUUAUGUUUUUACAUGUUUUCAUCUCUGUCAAAUCAGCACACAUAUUUCAGUUAUUAUCACCCCUAGACGUCUUUCUAGAUGGUUUGUCUGUAACAUGGCGGAAGAGUUUUGUUCAUAUGUUUCAUAGUUCCUGUUGGUUUCUGGAAGCAACUGUUUUCAAUAUGUUGAAUAUAUAUUUUGUUUGCUUGGAAGUGAGAAGAUUAAAUGUAAUAGGCAAGAUGUAAUUAUGAAUGCAAAUGAAUCACACACCUGUGCUUUCCCUGUGUUAUAUAGAAGAAUAGCAUUUGGGACACUUAAUGGUUUCAAUUUCCUACAUAGAAUUGUGAAUGCAAUUUCCUACACAGAAUUUAUGAAGACAUUAUAAAAAAAAUGAAGAAAAAAUAGUAUUUUUAAAAGCCACCGAUGAAUAAACAGCUCACCACUUGUCUUACCCUUUCCUGGUUUGUUUUGCUCCCACCUCUUUUGUCAGCGGGAGAAAGAAGCCAGGAACAAACUUCAGUUAUGAGCUUGGAUGUCAUGGCCAUCUAUGGUUUCAAUAAAGCUAAAGUACAUAAGCAGCAACAACCAUGGUUAACCACGGCUUAUUAGUAAAGGUGAUUAUCAACAAAGAGUGUGACUUGUUUGAGUUGUGCUUGGACCAUGAGACGGUAUAUAAAUUGAAUGCCUGAUUGAAUGAAUGAAUUUGUCCUGCCAUGCCAAUACAGGCUGUCUCUCAGUAUUAAAAAAAAGUUUAAUACAAAGGGCUACUGUUAUAUUCCUAGUAAUAUACACAUGUUGUCCUAUACAGCAUGGUUGAUAGAUUUUAUCAGUACUGACGCCUUAGAGCUAUCAAUGAUGAGGUUCCAGGAAACCUCAUCUUUGACAGCAGUGGAAGAAAUUAGGAUUUGUACAGUUAAGAAAAGAGGAGGGGCAGGAUCUGAUGGUCAGCUCUAAGGAAGGCAUAACGAGAAAGUAAUUGGGAGAGAGGAACAGAGAGGCACCAAACUGGGGGAAAUCAUUCUAAAUUAACAUUGUCAGGGGUGUUGUAUUUUGGGGGAAUGUAGAGGAAUACUGUCAAAAAUGUGUUGCUGUUAUCCGGUUACUGGUAUUUCCUCUAGACCCCCUUUG